UCUCUCUGGGUCUGUCCCCGGUUUUCUGCUCAGAGUGAGACCUCCUCUCCCUGUAGACGCCGCGGAUGGCAUUUUCUCUCAGAUCCGCUCGGAGCCGCUGCAGUUCGGACGGGUCUCCGUAGUUUGGAGGAGAAACGCGACUUUAUCCUCGGACUCCAGCCGCGGGGUCCAGUUCGGAGGACCGAGAGCUUUGGACUUAGCGGCAGCGCUGCAGAAUCCUGCUGGUUCGGAGUAAAAAGUCCCUGUUGGGCUCGGUUCUGGGUGGAAGCUGAACAAUCACAGGAGCUGCAGGCCCUCUGACUGCAGACCCGUCUGGUUCUGACCCACACCUGAGGCUCCGCUGACUACAUCCUGAGCGUCUGCCCGUCCUGCCGGUUCCUUUCCCGGGGAUCAGGUCCGAGAUGCUCCGCGGUGACAGGAAGCAGGAUUCCAGCAGUCAGGAGGGGGGCCAGCGGUCGGGACGCAUCACCAUCGGCUGACGGCGCUUCUCUCCGUUUCUGCUCCACUUAAAGAUCUUUCUCUGUGAAACAGCAACAUGUCAGCCGAUAACAGCCCCCCCCCCUCUCUGCCCUCACCGCGCUCAUGCCCCGCCCUCCCCCAGCACCAAGCCCCGCCCACUCCUUCGCCGUCGCCCAGCCCGCCCACCGCCGUCUGCAGCCGGCUGUCCGGGGGCAGCCAGACGGCCCCCAGCCCCACCAACUCCAGAGGUUCUCUGCAGGGCGUCUCCUUCCUGCUGCAGAUCGGACUCACCAGGGAGACCGUGACCCUUGACCCCGGAGACAUGUCGCUGCUGGCGGUCCGAGAGCUCGUCUGCUCCAUGGUGGAUCAGAAGUUCCCAGAAUGCGGAUUCUUCGGGAUGUACGACAAGAUCCUGCUCUUCCGCCACGACCUGAGCUCGGACAACGUCCUGCAGCGCCUGACGUCGGCCGAGGAGAUCCAGGAGGGCGACCUGGUGGAGGUGGUGCUCUCAGCUCUGGCCACGCAGGAGGACUUCCAGAUCCGGCCUCACACCCUCUACGUUCACUCGUACAAAGCGCCGGCGUUCUGCGACGACUGCGGCGAGAUGCUGUGGGGGCUCGUCAGGCAGGGCCUGAAGUGUGAAGGAUGCGGGCUGAACUACCACAAGCGCUGCGCCUUCAAGAUCCCCAACAACUGCAGCGGCGUCAGGAAGAGGCGGCUGUCCAACGUGUCUCUGCCGGGCGCCGCCAUGUCCGCCGUGGCCCGCCCCCCGUCUGCCGAGCUGCCGCCGGUGCCGCCGGAGGAGCGCCCCCUCCUGGGGGCCGGGAAGCGUAACUCCCUGCUGAGCGGCCGUCCCAUCUGGAUGGAGAAGAUGGUGCUGGGCCGGGUCAAAGUUCCCCACACCUUCUCCGUCCACACCUACACCCGGCCCACCAUCUGCCAGUACUGCAAGCGGCUGCUGAAGGGGCUCUUCAGGCAGGGCCUGCAGUGCAAAGACUGCAAGUUUAACUGCCAUAAGAGAUGUGCUGCCAAGGUGCCUCGGGACUGCCUGGGCGAGGUGGACUUUAACGGAGAGCCGCUGAGUCCCAGUCUGGACUCUGAGGCCACCAUGGAGGUGGAUACCUGCGACAUGAACAGUGACGGAGGUCAGAGUAUGGACGAGCAGGACGAGUUGUCCACGCCGGAGGACAAACUCUUCUUCAUGGAGGGUCCAUGUGCAGACGGAGAGAAAGACGAUGAGACCAUCAGAGCCAUCAGCCCGUGCACCAGCAGCAACAUCCCUCUGAUGAGGGUGGUCCAGUCCAUCAAGCACACCAAGAGGAAAAGCUCCACGGUGGUCAAAGAGGGCUGGAUGGUCCACUACACCAGCCGGGACAACCUGAGGAAGAGGCAUUACUGGAGGCUGGACACCAAGACGCUGACUCUGUUCCAGAACGAAAGUGCAGCCAAGUUUUACAAGGAGGUCCCGCUGUCUGAGAUCCUGCAGGUGGAGGCGGCGCAGGACUUCAGCAGCCUUCCUCAGGGCAGCAACCCCCACUGCUUCGAGGUCAUCACUGCCACCAUGGUCUACUACGUCGGCGAGGAUACGGGCGGUCCGCACCACAACCCGGUCCUGGCUGCGUCGGGCGUGGGCCGGGUCGUGGGCCGGAGCUGGGAGAAGGCCAUCAGACAGGCCCUGAUGCCCGUCACCCCCAAGGCCAGCGUCGGGGCGGGGCCCAGCAAGGACCACAAGGAGCUCGCCAUCAGCAUAUCCGUGUCCAACUCCCAGAUCCAGGAGAACGUGGACAUCAGCUCAGUGUAUCAGAUCUUUGCUGAUGAGGUUCUUGGAUCGGGACAGUUUGGGAUCGUUUAUGGCGGGAAACACCGUAAGACCGGCCGAGACGUGGCGAUCAAAAUCAUCGAUAAGAUGAGGUUUCCCACCAAGCAGGAGAGCCAGCUGAGGAACGAGGUGGCCAUCCUGCAGAACCUUCACCACCCUGGGAUCGUUAACCUGGACUGCAUGUUUGAGACACCUGAGCAGGUGUUUGUGGUCAUGGAGAAGCUUCACGGCGACAUGCUGGAGAUGAUUUUAUCCAGCGAGAAGAGCCGACUACCUGAACGCCUCACCAAGUUCCUUGUGACGCAGAUCCUGGUGGCUCUCAGGCAUCUCCACUUCAAGAACAUCGUCCACUGUGACCUGAAGCCUGAGAACGUUCUGCUGGCCUCGGCGGAGCCUUUUCCUCAGGUGAAGCUCUGCGACUUCGGCUUCGCUCGCAUCAUCGGGGAGAAGUCGUUCCGGCGCUCGGUGGUCGGAACGCCGGCCUACCUGGCGCCGGAGGUUCUGCGCAGCAAAGGCUACAACCGGUCUCUGGACAUGUGGUCCGUGGGCGUGAUCGUCUACGUGAGUCUGAGCGGAACGUUCCCCUUCAACGAGGACGAGGACAUCAACGACCAGAUCCAGAACGCCGCCUUCAUGUACCCGCCCAACCCCUGGAAGGAGAUCUCAGACGACGCCAAAGACCUGAUCAACAACCUGCUGCAGGUGAAGAUGAGGAAGCGCUUCAGCGUGGACAAGUCGCUCAGUCACCCCUGGCUGCAGGACUACCACACCUGGCUGGACCUCAGAGAGUUCGAGACGCGGCGAGGCGAGCGCUACAUCACCCACGAGAGCGACGACGCGCGCUGGGAGGAGUACGCCGACGAGCGCGGCCUGCAGCACCCCGACCACUUCAUCAUGUCGCCCAACCUGGACGACAUGGACGAGGACCCCUAGACCCACAGACCUGCAGGCUGCGGAGUUCUGGAGAGACCCGACCCGGCCCGGCCCGACCCGACCCGGCCCGACCCGACCCGGCCCGACCCGACC